AUGCAGAUUGAACUCUGUCGGGUCCAACGUGAACGCAAUGACGGACGACUUGACUGCCGAGAUCGUUAUUCCGCGCUGGGUGAAGACGUUUUCGACACCAGCUUUGAAUUCCGAGAAAAACCUCGCAGCCUAAUCAAAGUGAUGGUGCCGGCCGAAGAACGUAACAUCGGCCGAGUACGAUACCAAUUGUGCAGGGGUCCGGGAGAUUGGGGGCUGUCGCAUGUAGAUGUUGAAGAGUGUCGGACUGAGCACGGAGCCUUCAGGACCGCUGCGAGUCUGCUUGCAAGGCUUCGUGGGAAUCCUGGAAAAUAG